UUACAAUCAGUUACCUGUGUGAUACUUCCAAACUUCUAAAUCAACGGCAUAAUAUCGGACUCUCCGCAACCCAUAAUAUCAUUGAGGUUUGCCUACAUCAGCCUGCAUGAAGUGUAGUGUAUCUGCCUGGAGCUGUUAAGAAACCACUAAUACUGUCAUCUGUGUUAUAAGUGUAUCAUACAUAUCAUGGCCUAAACAUGAUUUAAAUUUUCAAUUCAACGGUCAGUCCACCAAUUAACGGAAAACCAUGGCCCAACUGAAUCGCAUUUCAUCCCAAGAAGAUUAUUUUGAGAUAAGUCCUGUUCACAAAAUACGAUCUGGACCAGCAAAGUUAAUCAAUGAUGAGAAAGAAGAGAAGGCAGAGCUAGUUUUAAAGCCAUUUGCUGCAAAACCAAGACUUGUGUUCAAGGGCGUUAAAGUUGGCAACACAUGCUCUCAAAACCUUCUAAUCACCAACCCUGAUCCUGCUGAUGUUUACGUCGAUAUUGUUCUACCAAAAUGCAAUUUACAAACAGCGUCAUGCCGAUUUGUUGUUCCUGCCAAGAGCUCAGUGGAUGUCGACCUUACAUGGUGUCCCCAGGAGCAGGGGACCUUUUCAGAAUCAAUCCAGAUCAAAGAUAGCAAGGGUCGGCGUGGCACUGUCUCAUUGUCUUUGGAAGCCAUCGUUGCGAAGCCUUUGAGAGGACCAAAAAAGGCAGCUGCUCGAGUGGCUGUCAAAGCAGCUCCAAUGGUGAAGUCAAGACUUACCAAAACCGCACCUACAGCAAAAGCAAAGCCAGCUUGGCAUGAUCCAGUGCCUCCCAGGUCACCAAGACAAGUGCUGAAACCAGUUCCAACCCAAUCUAUCCAACCAUCAUGGUCUACUUGUAAAGAUGAAGUGCCCUUGAAAAUUGAUGAUGACACUCCACUGCGCAGAGAAACCUUCAUCGUGUGUGGUAAAGAAAAUGAUGGCUCUCCUGCCUUGCCCAAAACUGCUGGUAAAGGAGAUAUAUCUGCUGACAGCUUAGAGCCAACACCCAAAUUAACAAAACAGUCUGCAAGAAGACAAAGAACAUUCAACAAUACACCUGCUAGAUUGAACGACAUCCUCAAGGAAUUCACACUGAGCCCUCUAGUAACCAAUGCGGUUGUUGCGCAGGACAACUCCGUCUUGGAGACUCAAACUGCCUUUGCGACAAACCUGACUUCCAUUUGCGAAAUCGAAACUCCUUCCUUUGAUGCCAGGCGCUGUUCCACCGCAUUCAAGGAACUUACAGACAAUCCUAUUAGGAAGCCCAGAGGAGUCUCACCAAGGGAACUGUUUCAUGCUGACAUGCAUCCUGAUGUGUCAGAUGAUCGCCUGAGCAGUGCUACUUACAUCGCUGACCGCAGAGACAGCAACGAGACCUACAUUGCCGAUAGACGAGCCAGCAAUGAGACUUACGUGGCUGAAAAGAGGCUCAGCUCUGACACAUACGUCCUUUCCAACUCACAUAGCUUUGAAGCUGCCUCAGGAGAUUCAACUGUACUCCAGAACGCGAUUAGUUCUCCGGGCCACAGAACUUUUACUCCGGUUUUACCUGAUGUGCUGGAAGAUAUUACUGAGGAAACAACCCAAAGGUCUGAAUGCGUGGAAAAGCCCAUUAUUGAUAUUCUGCCUCAAGAGGAAAUAUCUGGCAUUGUAUUGCAAAAUUUCUUGGAUGACACAAUUUCAGUCGAAGCUCUCCCCAGAACUCCUGUAGCCAAGGAAAGAGAUGAUCCAGAUCCAUCACAGACUUUUUCUGCAAAGAAAAAGAGAAAGUUUAGUGGAUUCGACUUCGAUUCCAUUCAGUUUACUCCACUUCGCAAAGAUGAAAGCGAAAGCGGCCGCAGAUACAACUUGCGUUCAGCUGGGAAGAUAGUGACUGCUGAAGAAACCCAAACUUUGGUAGCAGUCACUACGGACAUGUCACCACCAAAGAAAUACAAGCUGCUAGAGGAGACUCAAACCUUGGCCCCAGUUUCCAUUGAUAUUUCUCCUCCCAAGAAGUUUAAACUGCCGGCUCCAAUGCCAAGUGAGAAAUUCAUCAAUGAGACGUACACUAAAAAAAUGGAAAAGGUGGACAAAACCUAUGUCCUCAUGCCCACCCAGAGUGGAGUAUUUGUGCCCUAUGGAACAAAGAAACUCACUUUGCAGAGGCCAGCCGCAGAAGUCCCUGAGGAGCAAGACGAGAAACUUGAUUUUCCAAUAAACAACAAAGUAGAUGAUAUCCUCAUGGAAUUUGCGAUGGCAAAAAUGUCGACUCCAGGCCUCCAAGAAGAUCCCUUUUUCAUGAAUCCUCUCCUAAAUGACGCCAUUAUAGAAAAGUAUGACAUGGACUUUAAAAAAUGGCUCAACUCGGUUCUGACUCCACCUGAGGAGCUUGAGUCGUCUGAUGCCAUUCAGGUGAAUGCUGCUGAACUCUGGAACCGCAGCACCAAAUCUUUGGAAACCAAUCUAGCGCCUACAAAGGAAAUGGUCUCAUCUAAAUACCUCUCUGUCAAGUCACGUUUAGAUCAGUUGAGGCAUGCUGCGAGCAACCUUUUCAACAAAGAAGCAAUGAAGACAGUACUUUGCUGUGUAAAUUCCAGAGUUGAUAAUGGAAAACUUAAAAUUCGAACAGAUAAAGCUCUACACAUAGAUCAAGGUUUGAAGCAUGGAAUUCUUGGACUCUUCAUGAGCUACAAUCCACUAUGGCUGAGAAUUGGUUUGGAAACCGUUUGCGGAACAUUGAUUCCAAUGAGAAACAACACUGAUGUACAAACCCUUUCCUAUUAUAUUAUCUCAAGGAUUCUUGCUCCAGAGGCUGUGGUGGGAAAGUCUCAUCUCUUGCUUAAUAAAGAGUGCAAAGAAAAAUACAACAAGUUUGUCGCCAAGAAAUUCCUGAUGCUUGUGUAUUUCUUGGACUGUGCCAAAAUGAGCAAGAUGAUUCGACAUGACCCUUGUCUCUUUCUGAAAAAUUCAAAAAUCAAGACCAGCAAGGAGAUGCUCAUCACUUUCUCACGUAUGGUGCUAGCUGGUGAGGGAGAUAUUACCAAGCAUCUGGGUUACAUGGGAUACAAAGUGUCCUAUGACCAAGGCUACCUGGAUGAAUUCAACUACUCAGUAAAACACAUGGGUGUUGAUUUGAGAGAUGGUGUCCGUAUUACACGAGUGGUGGAAUUGGUCACCGGAUCCACUGGUUUGAGUGUGCAUUUGAGAGUACCCGCAAUAUCUCGCCUUCAAAAGAUUCACAAUGUUGGUGUUGCUUUGAAGUGCCUUGAAGACAAAGGUUUCACAGUAAAGAACUUGACAGCUACUGACAUUGUCAUGGGACACAGAGAGAAGACACUGUCGCUAAUUUGGCAAAUCAUUCACAACUUCCAGGUUCCAAGAUUCAACAAGGCGGCCAGAGUGAUUCAAAGUUGGUGGAUCCGUCCUUCUUUGAGGACUGUCGUGGAGCGCAGGAUCAACAAAAAGAAAAUCCUUAAAGCCACGAUUGUUUUCCAGAAGUACACAAGAGGUUUCCUCUGCCGCAAAAACAUUGCCAAACUGGCUGCUCAACUGAAGGAAGAAAAGCUGCAGACCGCAAGUGCUGUGGUCAUACAGCGAGCUUGCCGGCGGUUUUUUCUGAAGCGGCGGGUAGCCGCCUUUGCUCAGCACUACAGAGAAAAUGAGGCUGCCCGCACCAUCCAAUCUUGGAUCAGAGUUUGUCAAGCAAAAGCACUGUUGCAACAGUUAAGAACCGAGGCCGCCAUCAAGCAAGCUGCACUGCGAGAAAUUGCUGCCCUCAAUAUUCAAUCCCACUUUAGAAGAUACCUUGCCCAGAGACAACUUAAGCUGCUGAGGGCCGACCAUAUGAAACGAGUUGUAGCAGCUACCAAGAUCCAGUGUUUCUGGAGGCGCUGUACUGCUCAGCGGACGACUGAGUUGCUAAAGGAGCAGCUAAUGCAGCGAAAUCAUGCAGCAACAGUCUUGCAAAAUUAUUGGCGUAUGAAGAGGGCUAGAGAGGUGCUUGGCGCUUUGAGAACAGCGCGGCUCCAUAAGUUGACCCUGGCAGCGUGCACCGUGCAGAGGGCUUGGCGCUGCUUCUUAGCUCGGAAGCAGCUUCAAUUGCUGCGCGAGGAAAACGAGCAGAAACGAAAUCAGGCUGCAACAUUGAUUCAGAUGGCAUGGAAAGGGUUUGUCGCCAGGAAAACAUUGCGCCUUCUGGCUGAGCGAAAACAAGCCGCAAUCGUGAUUCAAUGUGCUUGGAGACAGCAAUUGGCCAUGCGAAAGCUGGAAUUUCUGAAAAUCCAGGAGUUGAAUCGAAAGAGGUAUGAAGCCAGCGUCACGAUCCAAUGUGCUUGGAGAUGCUUCAAAUCUAAGCAAGUGCUGGCUCACCUGCUGGAGAAAGAUCUUGCUAAGAAAAAUUGGUCUGCCAUUAAAAUUCAGUGCUUGUGGAGAAGCUGGGUGGCUCGCAAGGAAUUAGACAAACUGAAGUUGGCCCACCAUCAAAGAAGAGAAGCAGCAUGCCUGGUUCUGCAAUGCGCUUGGAGAGUGCUCGUUGCGCGCAGGAUUUUGCUCCAGUUGAAGAAAGAGGCGGCUGCAGUCAAAAUUCAGUGCUCGUGGAGAUGUUACGAAGCACGGAAAACCUUGCAGAAGUUAAAGGAAGCCGCUGCAUUGGAAAGAGCUAACGCUGCCGCUAUAAAAAUCCAGUCUGCUUGGAGAUGUUGCUUAGCACGGCAAAUGCUUGCACACCUGGUAGAGGAGGAGCAAAUGAGAAGGAAUAGAUCUGCAACUGUGAUUCAGACAGCCUGGAGAGGAAAGGUUGCCAGGAAGCAACUUGCUUCACUGAAACAAGAACUGGAAUUGAAGAGAAACUCUGCAGCGAUAACCAUACAAUGUGCCUGGAGGAGCUACAUUGCUAAGAGAUUGCUGGUUCUAUUGAUGGAGGAGGAUCGCAAGAAGAAAUAUAGAGCUGCAACUGUUAUCCAGACUGCGUGGAGGUCAAAAGUUGCCAGAACUCUGCUUUGGAGAUUGAAGGAAAAUAAGAGAUUUCACGCAGCUUCUACCAUUCAGUGUGCUUGGAGAUGUUAUGUGGCCAGAAAACUGUUGGCUCAUCUGAUUGAAGAAAACACCAAGCAGCGAAACAGGGCUGCGACUUUAAUUCAGACUGCUUGGAGAGGAAAAGUUGCCCGCGCUCAGCUUCAACAUUUGAAAGCUGACUGGGAAGAAAGGAAAAACGCGGCAGCAACUCACAUCCAGACCACGUGGAGAUGCUUCAUGGCCAGGCAAGAGCUCUGUCGUCUUCGAAAAGAAGAGAAUGACAGAAGGAAAAGGGCCGCCCUUCGAAUCCAGUGUUUCUGGAGGCGCACUUUGGCCAAGAGAACACUUUCUGAUUUGAGAGCACGUCGCGUGGUUAAAAUCAACAAAGCAGCUCUUGUGAUUCAAAAACUCUGGAGAGGACAUGCAACAAGAAAAAUCAUCAGACAGCAGCAGCAUGAAAAGCAAUCAAACGCUGCCCUCAGAAUUCAAAUGGCUUGGAGGAGUUAUUCUGCUCGGAAUCAGCUGGCUCAUUUGAGGGAGGAACGAUUCCAGCAUAGAACGCAUGCUGCAAACACGAUUCAGCGCAGCUGGAGGAGGUUUGCGGCCCAGCGACAGCUGCACUCAUUGAAACUCCACAGGGACAACUCAGCAGCUCUGAGAAUCCAGCUCUGCUGGAGAAGCUACCUUGCAAGAAAUGCACUCAAACAACUGAGGGAAGAGAAAAUAGCGCUAACCAACAAGUCUGCAACUACCAUUCAAUGUGCCUGGCGGUGUUUCCUUGCUAGAAGGACCCUGGCUCAACUGAAAGAGGACCAAAUCCGUAGGGAGAACAGGGCGGCAAUCAUCAUUCAGUGCAAUUGGCGGUGCCACAUGGCAAAGCUGGUGUUGUUGGAUUUGAAGCAGAAGUUGGAAGAAAAGAAGAACGCUGCUGCCAUUAGAAUUCAGUGUGCCUUCCGCUGCUACUCUGCCAGGAAGACACUGGUCAUGCUCAAGCAACAGAACUUCCAGAAACUUGAGGCAGCAGUCAUAAAAAUUCAAUGUCUAGUGAGGCGACUGAGGUCUGUGCGUCUCUUGCGUCAACUCCGCCAAGAUCGUUUUGCAAGAAGAACACACGCUGCUGUUGUCAUUCAGAAGAUUUUCAGAGGACAGUUGGCUCGUCGGCGUGUCGCUCAAAUGAAAGAGAAUAUCAUCAGAAAGCAGACUUUUGAGUUGCAGAACAAGGCUGCGCUAAGGCUGCAGACAUUCUUCCGCAUGCUGUUGUGGCGAAAAGCUGUUGCAACCAUGCGAUUCGUGCAAACUGAGUUGCUUGGCGUCGAGACUGAGUUGCAGCUGUGGCGCAGAAUUCUCUUGAGUGAUAACGCUUCCCUGCUGAGUUUCAAGAUUCUUCUCUCUGUCCUUCGAAGCCAACAUGCGCUCAGAAUGAAACACCACAUCAGCGCCAGGUUUAUACAGCAGAAGUGGAGGCAGUACUUCAACAUGAAACUGAGUUCUGCCACUAAAAUCCAGGCUCUUUGGCGAGGAUACAAAUGUCGCAAAAAUAUUAGACAAGCUGCUACAACAAAGAAAGCUGUGGUCAUUACUGAUCAUCAGGCAAAUCAAGAUAUCAAGCUUGACAAAAAUGUUGCGUCAAAGCUUGUAAUAAAGUGUGACCAAAUCAAGGAGGCCAGCAAGAAUGUGACCGAGGAGCAGACUGUGGGCUACAAAAUCUUGCACGCCCUUAAAAACUGGCAGAAAACAUUUGAUUUUGAAAUUGGGGCUUACACUCUCUUCAACCGGUGCCUUGAUGCGUCAGAAGCAUUAGUCCUGCCGAUUCUUCCUGGAAUUCCAAUCAUUGUAGAUGGAUUCCAAUGCAACAAUCGCUCUGUGCCUGCCAUGAAUUUGGCCAUCCAAGCGUCCGAAAUUCUACUUAGUGUUGCCAAGCACCCAGAAGCUUUGACCCACUUACAACAGAUUCCCAAGUUCAUCCCUGCUGUCCUGUUUAAUUUGCAUAUUUCGGCCUCUGCCAAUGAGAAGUUAUUCUUGAAUUGCUGUACCAUUCUAUGGGUUCUUGCACACAACCAUGAAAUGAAGCAGGCAAUCCUUGCGCUGCCCAAUCUUGCCUUCAAGCUGACUUCAAUCAAGCCUAAGGUUGUAAAGGCUGCAACCAGGCAUGCUGUGAAGGACAUGCAGAUGCCCAGCUUGAAAAUGCACAAGAACCCAAGAAGUUUCACAAACAAGCAGCACGCUUUUCAAUCCGUGCUGAAGAAAUUACAGUUGAAGCUUUAAUCUAAUACUAAUCAACUCUUUGAAUAUUACUGCUAGACCUGUGUCUUUAAUGAUAAUGUUUUUUAAAUGCUCAGAUAUAUAAUAACACAAUAGAUUAUUCAGU